CACACACACACACACACACACAAACUCACACACACUACAACAACAACAAUAUGUUAGUGUGUUGUAGGACAGCCCCUUUAGCAGAUGCCUCUUUGUCACCUAAACUCUUGAGCUCAGUGAGCUGCGUUGAUCACUCUAGAGUCUCGGGGCUUCCUUGUGCUCCUCAUUCUCCUCCUCUCACCGCGCUCCUGCAAAUCUGCACUGUCAGCAUGUUUGGAGCGGUGGUUGUUGGCGUUGGAACAGCCGGUCGGGUGAGGAUUAGAGACAUGUUAGCACCUCUACCUGGCAGUCCUGCAGAGAAACUCAAUGUCAGAGGAUUCAUUUCCAGGAGAAGCCUGGACCCUCAGCAGGGAGUGAGUCAGAUCUCAGUGGAAGAGGCUAAGAGCAGAGAAGACAUUCAUGCUGCGUUCAUCUGCACUGAGAAUGCGUUGCAUGAAGACUACAUCAGAUCUUUUCUGCAGGCAGGGAAACAUGUCUGUGUGGAGUAUCCCAUGACCAUGAGCUACAAGGCUGCUGCGGAGCUUUGGGAUUUAGCCCAGGAAAAAGGAGUGAUUCUCCAUGAGGAACACAUCGAGUUGCUGACAGAAGACUUCAAAGAACUGAAAAAAGAGGUAGAGGGAAAAAUCCUGCAGGAAGGUACUCUUCAGUUUACUGGUGGAGUUUUGAAGCCUGGAUUUGGUUUCCAAGCUUUCAGUGGCAUCGCUCGCCUCACCUGGUUGGUCGAGUUGUUCGGUGAGCUGUCAGUAACUGCAGCAACCAUGGAGGAAGACUCUGGUACCAACUACAGCAAGUUGAUCGCAAAGCUGCUAACUUCUGACAACAGACCUCUGACGUGGAUUGAGGAACGGGGACCAGGCCUCCCCCGGGCCAAGAACAUCAACUUUCACUUUGACUCCUGCACUCUGACCCAGAUCCCUCCGGCACCCAGCGGGGCUGUGGGCAUCUUCAUGCAGGACAUGAUCCAAUUCUCUGCCAAGCUGGCAGGCCAAGUGAGUCCAGAGGAGCUCCAGAGGGAGAAAACCAGGAUCCUACACUGCUUGCAACUGGCAGAGAGGAUACAACAACUUUGCCAAAGUUAAAUGGGGACUCUAAAGUACUUCAAUCUAUCUUUAUAUUUCAUCACCAUGCCCUUAAGUUCUUGUAUCAUAGUAUAAGUAUCAUUUAGUAGUAUAGACCUUUUUCACGGCAGACGUGUUGACAUGUCAUAGUAGGAAGAGCACAGGUGUAUUCAAAUACCAUUAAUGAUGGCUGCAUUCCACUUAGGAGAGGUCCU